GGCGGCGGAUAAGGUGGACGUGCGCCGUUGACACCACUUGAGAUGCAGGCUGUGGUGGCAGCUGUGUCGAUCGUUGUUCUUCGAUGUCAGGAGGAGAGGGCGCUUGGACGAAUGAAGGAGCAGUUGCUAGCGCGUAGAAGUAGGACAUUGAUGCAAGCUCCAGACGAUGACCCCGAUUACGUGGCGACCUCGAAGGCUGUUGUUCAGCUGUGCUACGUGUUGGGUUGUGGAGUGAUUCCUCGAGCGAUGCCGAGAUGGUGGAUGAAGCGCAAAACUGGAGGCACAUGGGAAGACCUCAGGCAAUGCGACGACGUGACAGACGAAUACUUCCGAGAGAAGCUACGCAUGUCGCCGCGAGUGUUCCUGGAAAUCACGGAGGCAUGUGCGCCUCAUCUUCAGCGGCGGGUGAUGUUAUACACGGAGCCUUUGCAGCCAGACGAGAUUGUCGCGUACGCACGGUAUAGGUGGACGUCGGGGGAGACUUAUGAGAGCAACACGUGCAACUUAAGGAUGGCUAGAGCUUCUAGCCUGGUUGCCGUCCGUGACGUUACUGCCACGCUGCUCCGGGUGUACGGCGAGAAGAUUGCCUGACCGACUGGAGUUCGUAAACUCGUCGUUUUGCGGGCGUUGGCUGAUAAAGGGUACCCCAAUUG